AUGGGCACAUUACACGACCGUGGUAUGCCUCCACUCAAGAUCCUCAUCUCUGGGGGUGGUAUUGCAGGUCCUUGCCUCGCCUGGUGGUUGAACAAAGCAAAGGUCGACGCACAAAUAACCAUUAUUGAACGCGCACCCGAACCUAGAGCGUCGGGCCAAGCAGUCGACAUCCGAGGUGCUGCAGUCGAUGUUAUGAAAGCUAUGGGUCUUGAACAGGCGAUUCGAGACAAGAACACGACCGAAGUGGGGUUCGAGUUUGUGUACGCAGACGGCGUGUCCAAAGCCAGAAUGGGAGCCACUGGAGACGACAAGAACCAGAGCUUCACAAGCGAGUACGAGAUCUUAAGGGCCGACUUAGCGAACAUCUUCUACGAUGCGACGAAGGAUAUGAAGAGCAUUGAAUAUGUUUUCGACGAGACUAUCAAAGACCUAGUGCAAGACACCCAAACAGAUAAGGUACAUGUUACUUUCACCAAUCAUCUCCCGCAAGCAUACUACGAUCUUGUCGUUGGUGCGGACGGCCAGGUCUCGCGCACACGCCGUCUAGCUUUCGGCCACGGACCGCAAAAGGACGAUUAUCUUCGUCGACUAGGCGAGUACAUGGCCUUCUUCACGAUCCCGCGCGUUGAGAGCGACUCGCAGUGGGCGCAGUGGUAUGUCACAACACGAGGCCGACUUGUGUGCACACGGCCUUCACCAUACAACGACACGCGCGUUUUUUUCGGAGUAGUUGACUGGGACCUCAAGCGCUUCGGUAAGAUUGAGGAUGCGGUGAAGAAGCGGGAUGAGAUAAGGGAAAAGGAGUGGCUAGGCAAGGAAUUUGAAGGAGCGGGGUGGGAAAGUAAAAGAGUCUUGGAAGGUAUGAAGACGGCGCAGGAUUUCUACAUGCAAGAGAUAGUGCAAGUAAAAAUGGGUGAGGAAGGUUUUGCGAAGGGCAGGGUUGCGCUGCUAGGUGAUGCUGGAUAUUGUCCUUCACCACUUUCUGGAAUGGGAACCGCUCUCGCCAUUGUAGGCUCCUACGUACUUGCUGGUGAGAUAGCAAGCUCGCCCUCAGACAUACCUGCGGCUCUGCAACGGUACGUUACAACAUUGCGGCCGUUCUCGGACCAGUGCCAGAGACUGAUCCCGGGAAUGCCUCAAGUCGGCUUUCCCCAAAGUGCUUGGGGCUUGAAGAUUUUGGGCAUGUUCGUAACUGUCAUCACAUCUCCUAUAUGGCAGCGCAUCGGACCUUGGGUGAAGUGCGUAUUGCCGAAAGACUUUAAACGGGACAAGUGGCAGCUUCCAAAGCAAUACGCCGGAAUGAGUGUGUAG